AUGACCAUUAUUAUUAUGUAAGUUAAAUAUAAAAUAUAAGGCCAAUUAGCAACUUUAAAUUAAACCACUCACGGUCAAGUUAACUUCAACUUGGGUAUCUUAAAUUCCUACAACUUUGCCAACUCUUUCUAAUUCUAAGAUUUAGUUGGAACUGUUAUCCAUGAAAUAACUCACGUUCUCGGAUUUUCUAUAUAUGAUAUUCCAAGAUGGGUUGAUUCUAAUAAGAAGCCUCAUUUUAAUCCUACAACUUAAUAUCUAAUGAGAGGGAUGAAAAAAAAAAUCAUCUUAAUUAUGUUUAAUUUUAUUUGA